AUGGAUCCAUCUCUAGAGAAGUAUGCUGGGAAAGGGCAGAAGCUGUAUGAAGAAUGGAUGGACUAUAAGCCUAAGAUUUCUCGACCCCCAUCCACGUUGUCGAAGAAUAGUUUGAGCUCGAAUAAGAAAACAAAGUUUUUCUUUUCAAAUGACUAUGCUACUGAGUCACAGAUCAACUCAACAAGGUCAUCAACCAAAGUAAAAUCCGAUGAGUGGUUCAAAAAACACAAGAAAGCUGAUUCACAUGAGAAAUCUUCAGACAAACAGGCAAUAACCAUUUUGAGUGUAUGCGAUGUCUGA